GGGCCCGGCGCGGCGCGGGCCGCGGCCGCGGCGCCGCGGCCGGAGGCGAGGCCGGCCGUGUACACUGCGCUGCAGGGCAGGGCCUUUGCCGCGCGGCCGCUGCAGGGGCGGAAGGCCGACGAUCCCAGAGAAGAGAACGCGCCAGGAGCGCGCAGCGGCCGCGGCGGAGCGGGACGGCUGCGGCACGCGGGAGGAGUGCCUGGAGAUCGUCGACGCGUACCUCGCGAAGCAGCCGCGGCAGCAGAACCUGCUGCUGCGGACCUACGGGCCGGGCGCCCUGAAAGGCGGCGGCGGGGACUGCGGGAAGUUCUGCGACCUCCUGGAGGACUGCCCCGACAAGACUUGCCGGUACGACACCUACGACAACGCAGUGGCAGCGAUCUAUCUUGCCAACGGGGCCGCCUGGAGGAGGCCCGCCAGAUCCUGGACACUUCGCCGAGCUGCUAUACCCUCGGUCCCCCGACGGGGUGCCGCCCGAGCUGCUCUACGCCGACGUGCCCUCUGGGCGCGGCCUCACGCUGCUGGCCUCGGCGUACGCGGACUUCGCGAAGGCCGAGGCCGGCAUCUACGUCAGUGACGGGGUCCGCGACGGCAACAUGCACACCGGCAACAACGCCUGGGCCGCCCUGGCUUUUGUGCAGUACGCCGCCGCCGCGAACUCGAGCUGCCACGCCGCGGUCGCGCGCCAUCCUCCACGCGCUCCGGUCCGGCACGCCGCGCUGCGACGACGGCCUGGGCGGCCUCGCCGGGCGCCUGCCGCCGCUGGCACAGGCGUACCGGUCCACCGAGCACAACAUCGACGUGGCCGCCCUGGCCGCCGCGCUCGGCGAGGAGGAGGUCUGGCAGGAUGCCCACGGCUUCGUGAGAAGCAUGCACGGCCGCAACAGGGCGUUCCCGCGCGCCUACUCGAUGGGCACGGGCGGCGACGGGGACUGCGACAGCUCGCAGCCGGAGGGGGUGCCCGUCCCGGCAGAUUGCACGUACUGGAACCUACUGGCGGACGCGGACCCCGACGUUGAGUUCAGGUGUUGCUAG